CGUGGCUGAAGCGCUGCCCGCUGAUUGGCUGGCGUCUCCCGGAAGAGCGCUGCUGGCGGGGAGGGAGCCCGGAGCUGCCCGUCGCCAUGGCCACAGCAACAGACCAGGUGGUUGGAUUUGGCUUGGUAGCCUUCAGCCUCGUCCUCUUUGUUUACUACACCAUCUGGAUCAUCAUACUGCCCUUCAUCGACAGCGACCACGGCAUCCAUCAGUACUUCUUGCCCAGGGAGUAUGCUGUUAUUAUCCCUGUAGUGGCUGGGCUCCUGCUGCUGCUAUUUAUCGGCAUUUUCAUAGUGAUUGUGAUGUGGAAGAACAGGAAACCUGCAAAGAAAUUGGACUGAAGGCCCAACUGAAAGAGCUGAGGAGAAGGCAUCUACCCUGCAACAUCUUAGCUGGGGAAAGACUUUGCCUGCAGCACCAAGCAGACACCUCUCCCAGAGCUCUCUUCUGCAGCUGCUGAGCUGGCUGCUCUCUCUCUGAUGUUCCUACCUGGAGAGAUGUGACCUGGUGUAACUUACAGCUUACGGACCAAAGGAAAAGCUCUGACCUACAGGAGUCAUCUAGAAAGGGACCAGAAGUCCAGCUAUGACGGAUCUGCUCCUCAGCUGGGGCUACACGUAGCAGCGAUGGCUUUAGCCUGUACUGUGGGGAGGAGCUGUUGGGGCACGGCAGCCGUAGCCACCAGAGUGUGAGCCUAGCUCUGACCUGUCAGGUGCUCAGCCUCUGGGAAGUUCUCCUCUGCUCUUCCUGUGUCCAGUAGUUUGUCCCUUAUGGUUUUUUUAAACUGUUUACAUGUGGUUUGUUGAGUUUUUAAUUGGAUUCAAGAUGUAGAGGAAAGAAAGAAGACUCUGGGCUUGGGAAAGGCAGACUUGCAUUAUCCCUUCUGCCGCAAGGGCUAAUCAUGGUCCUGGUGGGCUCUUGUUUAUGAAGAGGGACCCCUGUGAGGCUGGCCUUGCAGAGGAUGCGGGAUGGUGCCAUUUUCUGCUGUUCUCUGGCAGGUCUGUCUGCAUCCUCUCCUGCAGUGGUCCAGCUGAGGGGAUGGGGAGGAGGGUUGUGCCCUGGCCUGCAAAGGAAGAAGCGUUUGGCUCGUCCACUAAUGAAUGCGGUUCCAACCACAGCUGUCAGCCACUGGCAUGGUUCCUGCCCUUGGCAAGGCUCUGCACACCAGCAUGGUUGGGGCCGAGCGGACAGGCACUGCAGAGCUCCGUCUUCCCACUACGGGCUCUCUUCUCCUGGCAGCAGCUUCUACCCUUAGGUGUGGAGCCCUGGCAGGUCCCUCAGACUGCAGUGAGCUGGAAUCACCCUCAAUAAAGGUCUGCGAGAUCUUG